AGAGCCAAUGGCAGACGUGGUUGUUGCGAAGUCCACUGCAUAGAAAAGGCGUCUGGGGCUAGGCCAACUGGAGCGGACAGGCUUUAGGGAGCGGUCCUCAGUCUGAGAUCGGCUUGUCGGUCCAGCCUUGGCCUGGUGAUCUUCCGAAGCAAGGAUGCUCUUGGGAUUUCGGAGAGGCCGCAAGAGCCACUUUAAACACAUCGUCCAUGGCCUUCUCCCUGCCGCCAGCAUCGCACCGAAGCCCGCCGUGCCCCGCACCCCUCCUCCCCGCAGCCCCAACCCCUCUCCAGAGAGACCCAGAUCUGCUCUGGCUGCAGCCAUUCUAGCAACAACGUUGACCGGCCGGACCAUUGCCAUUCCUCAGCCUCGCCGGAGGUCCCGGUCUGAGAGUGACACAACCUACAUUGAAAAGGAUGAUUUCAUCGAGCCCUAUGCCACCACCUCAGAGCCGCGGCUGCAACCAAACUGGCAGAGUGAGACAGGAAGAAGAACUUCUUUGCCAUCCUUUGAAAUGCUGGGCUAUGGGGAGGAAGAGGACACGGACACGCAUCUGUCGUCCAGCUACAAGGAGUCGGGGGACGGCAGCGUCUGCAAAGCAGAGGGAGGUCUCGGUGAUGCUGUGUACGCUGUGCCUCACAGAAAUCAGGUUCCAUUGUCACAUGAGGUGGACAGUGAAGAUGAGGGAAAUAUUUCUGAGCAAGAUGGGUUUCCAGGCUCACCUCUUAGACCACAGCGUACACAAGAAAAAGACGGUAAACAUUCUGUUCUGAAUUUAAAGGAUGGAAAACCACCAUUAUGUGAAAAACCUCCCCCCUCCCCAGAUGUAACUGGUAGAAAACGUCAAAGAUGUAUAGAAAUAACCAAAGAAAAGCUUGAGGAAUUAAAAGAAGAAAAUUUGCAUCUAAACAAUGCAAAUCAAACCCUUACUCUUGAACUUAACAUAAUAAAACAAGCAAUGAAAGAACUACAAUUAAAACUUAAGAAAAUGGAAAAAGAAAAAGGAAAGCUGAAAGAGGCUGAGAAAGCAUCCUCUCAGGAAGUAGUUGCUGUGCCUGAAUUACUUUAUCUAAGAAAACAAGCUCAAGAUCUGGUGGAUGAAAAUGAUGGGUUGAAAAUGACUGUCCAUCGUUUGAAUGUAGAACUGAGUAGAUAUCAAACAAAGUUCAGGCCUUUAUCCAAGGAAGAGAGUUUAAAUAUUGAAGGCCUCCCGUCAAAGGGCCCUGCACCGCCCUGGUUGUUGGAUAUAAAGUACCUGUCACCCUUGUUGCUGGCUUAUGAAGACAGAAUGAAAGAGAAGGACGAGCUCAAUGCCUCCUUCCAGGAGGAAAUGAGAAUGUUUAGGAUGCGAGUCCAAGAAGUGGUGAAGGAAAAUGAAGAAUUGCACCAGGAGUUAAAUAAGAGUAGUCCUGUUACCAGAGAGGAAUGGCAUCAGCUUCAGACUCAAGCAGAACUGGUUUUAGAGGAAAACAAGUUGUUGAUAGAGCAGUUGGAGAUUCAGCAAAGAAAAGCCAAGGACGCCCACCAGGAGCGUCUGCAGGAAGUUUCUAAGCUGACAAAACAGCUAACACUGCUGGAGGCUAAAACACAGAGCCAAGAAAAGGAGUUAGCUGGAAACAAGGAGCAACUGGAAAUUUUGCGUAACGAAUGCCAAGAACUAAAAACACGCUUGGAUGGCAAAAUUGCAAUGAAAGUUCAUGCUUCAAUUGUAAAUGAAUUAAAAAGCCAGUUGCAGAAGGAAGAAGAGAAAGGCAGUGCCGAGAUGGAAGAGUUGAUGGGCAAGUUGGUGGUCCUGCAAGUGCAGAAGAAGAGCCUGCUGUUGGAGAAGAACAGUCUGUCGGCCAAAAACAAAGCACUGGAAGCCGAACUCCAAAGGGCACAGAAAAUAAAUAGGAGAUCUCAAAAGAAAAUUGAUGUCCUCAAAAAGCAAGUGGAAAAAGCCAUGGAGAAUGAAAUGUCUGCUCACCAGUACCUGGCAAAUCUUGUUGGCCUGGCAGAGAAUAUAACCCAGGAACGUGACAGUCUCAUAUAUUUGGCUAAGUGUUUAGAAAGUGAGAAGCAUGGAGUUCUCAACAAAAUCGUAGAAGGCAAUAUUCGCUUGGGGAGGUUGGAGGAGAAAGUCAAGGGGUACAAGAAGCAGGCAGCCCUGAAGCUGGGCAACAUCAGUCACCACCUGACAGAGCAGCAGGAGGACUUUGCUAGCAAGACAGCUCAGUACCAACAGGAGCUACGGCACCUCCACCGGAUGCUGCGGGACACGCAGGACGUCCUGGACCAGGCACUGCAGCAGAAGAGAGAAAUGGAAGGCGAGCUUGAAGUUGUUUGGGAGUCCGCCUCCAAGGAAAACCGAAGAAUCCGAGAACUUCUCCAGGCCACACUGGAGAGGGCAGACAUGAGGGACAACACCAGAGCUUUCGAGGGCCCCUGCCUCGACAGCGUCCCACAGGGAGACGUGCUGGAUGGCUGCAACUUCAGCUACUGUGACAUGAAGCCACCUCCCACCACCCACCAGAGCCUGCGGGAGCCCCUGGGCUAGGGCACCUGGGCCAAGAGGUCUGC